CUCACAUAUAUCUUGAUGUUCCUCUCUAAUUGGAGGCCAUAGAGCCCAGAAUGUGUGGUCCAGAGGCUGGCCAGUUCAGCGUUGCCUACCCAAGCCACUCCAUUGUGAUGUGUCCUGAUGAAGUCAUCAGAAGGAGUUUUGAAGAGUCAACUCAGCCAAGACAGAAGGAGCAAUGCCUGGCUGUCAGCAAAGGUGAAAGACGCCCCCAUCUUUCACCUUUAGAAUGACCUAAGCCCUGGGAGGAGAGAAAGGAAUAGCAAGAAGGACACCAAAAAGAGGUCUUAUGGGAACAUCUACCUCCUUCCCGUCCUCCGAGUCUGACAUCAUCUACCCUCAAAAGGCACAUAGCCAUGCCUAAGCAAAAUGCCCUGGCUGUCGGGAUUGAUCUCGGCACCACGUUCUCUUGCGUCGCUGUCUGCCACCAGGACAAGGUCGAGACCAUCGCCAACGACCAAGGCCACCGGAUCACCCCCAGCUAUGUGGCCUUCACCAACAGCGAGCACUUGGUGGGCGAUCCUGCCAAAAACCAGGCUUCCCUCAACCCCCAGAACACCGUCUUCGAUGCCAAGCGGAUGAUCGGCCGAAACUUCCAUGACGCCACCAUCCAGGAGGACAUCAAGCAUUGGCCUUUCACCGUAGCCAACCACGAGGACAAGCUCAAGAUCGAGGUGGUCCACAAGGACAAGCUGAGAACCUUUUACCCUGAGGAGAUCUCAGCCAUGAUCUUGACCAAGAUGAAGCACACAGCCGAAGCCUACCUGGGAUGCAUUGUCACUCAAGCUGUUGUCACUGUCCCGGCUUACUUCAACGAUGCCCAGCGCCAAGCCACCAUUGAUGCUGGGGCCAUCGCCGGACUCCAAGUCCUGAAGAUACUCAACGAACCCACCGCCGCCGCGAUUGCUUAUGGAUUGGACCUCAAAAACCAGGAAGCCGGGAGCAGGAAUAUCCUCAUUUUCGACCUGGGUGGAGGCACCUUUGACGUGUCCAUCCUCUCCGCCGAAGAUGGCAUCUUUGAAGUGAAGGCCACCGCUGGCGACACUCACCUAGGUGGGCAGGACUUCGACAAAAGGCUGGUGUCUUACCUGGCUGAUCAGUUCAAGAAGAAGCACAAGAAAGACCUCCGAAAGGACAAAAAGGCCAUGCAGCGGCUCAAGACGGCGGCGGAGCGGGCAAAGUGCAUCCUGAGCUCUUGCUCCAGUGCCAGCAUCUCCGCUGAGGCUCUGUAUCAUGGGAUAGACUUCUACAUGACCAUCACCAGGGCGCGUUUUGAGGAUCUUUGUUCCGACCUCUUCCGAGCGACUCUGAAACCCUUGGAGCGGGCCUUGAAGGACGCCCAGCUGAGUCGAAGUGAGAUCAUGGAUAUCGUGUUGGUUGGAGGCUCCACCCGUAUCCCCAAGAUCCAGAAGCUCCUGAAGGACUUCUUCAACGGGAAAGAGCUGUGCAAAGGCAUCAACCCCGACGAAGCCGUGGCCUACGGGGCAGCCAUCCACGCUGCUGUGUUGACUGGCAACCGGAUGACCAAACUUCAGAACAUGUACCUCUUGGACGUCACCCCUCUGUCGUUGGGGAUCAAGACUCAAGGCGGGGUCAUGACCACCGUCAUCAAACGCAACUCUCCUGUCCCGACCAAGGAGACGAUGGACUUCACCACCACCGAAGACUACCAAGACACCAUCUUGUUCAUGGUCUACGAGGGGGAACGGGCGCUGACCAAACACAACCACCUCUUGGGCACCUUCACCUUGACCGGGAUCCCGCCGGCUCCUUGCGGGACGGCGGUCAUCACCGUGACGUUCUCCAUCGACGAGAACAACAUCCUGACGGUCUUCGCGAAGGACGUGGAGACGGGGAACUCCAACCACAUCACCAUUUCCGACACCCGAGGCCGCCUGGGCAAAGAGGAGAUUGAGCGGAUCAUCCAAACGGCCGAAGAGUUCCGAGUGAACGACCGAUCCCAGCAGGACAACAUCGAAGCCAUGAACUCCUUGGAGUCCUGCACGCUGAAGCUGAAGCGGGUGGCGGAAGAGCAAGUCCUGGAUGUCCAGGCCAAGAGGAGGAUGUUGGAGAUUUGCGACAGCACCACGUCCUGGCUGGAGGGGAACGCGCUGGCGGAGAAGGAAGAGUGCGAGCAGCGGCAGAAGGAUCUGGAGGAAGCCUGGGGUUCCAUCUGCAUCUCCCUUGCCGAAAGCGAAAGCGCGGAAGAAGCAAGAUCUGGAGAACAUCGGGAAGAGGUUGUGGUGGUGGAUGGAGACCAAGACAAGGCUCAGCCUGAGGAGGAGAUGGAAUAAAAUCACCGCCAGAGUGCAUUGUACCACCUUUGGGACUUAUUAAAAUUAGAGUUUCAAA